UCAAACAUCUCUUUACAAAAAAUGCACUUUCAACAUGAAAAAAAGUAUUAUAUUAUGGUUCUUUUGUAAAAUAUUUUCUUUGAGUAUAUAUUUCGUUGCUGGAGAGACAAAUUAUACAGGGUCUAAUUUUGUCGGCUCCGUUCCGAGAGAUAACGAAACUUACGGAAACAGUUUGAAGAAAGCGGAUAAUACAGAAACUGCAUCGGGACAUGCAAGUGGAAUAAACAUUACGUCUCGAGGAUACUUAUCUCACCGGGAAUUGGAGCCACUCGGAAGCUUCUUUGGUGGUAGAUAUCCGCUUUACGCCGAAUAUCCUUUUCUUGUAAACAUAGUGAUUAGAGAAAGCGGAACUUCUCAUUGCGCUGGGACAAUUAUUUCAGAAUAUUUUAUAAUAACCUCUUGCCAUUGUACAUGUUACGACAAUGGGCGUGGGGAAAUCGUCGCCGAAAAGCCCGACAAGUUUUUGGUUUUUGCAGGAGCGCAGGCUGCAUGGGGCAUCGGGACGCAGUCCAACCUCUCCCAAGUCCGCCGAGUCUCGAAGGUCGUCAAGUACUUCUACUGCUCGAGGGACAAAGACACUCUUGCCUGGGAUCACGACGUGUCAGUUCUAACUUUAACAAAACGUUUGAUUUUCAACAAAUUCGUCAAACCGGUCAAUGUCAAGUCCAAGUCGUCCAAGGAGAUAGAGAGGCUGUUCGAAAACGCCCUGGCUAUAAGUAAAACGUGCACCGUUCUCGGUUGGGGUGCCAGCAAAGGGUACACGGGCGUACUUCAGGCGAUUGAUCUCUAUCCGAUUUCUUCGUUUUUAUGCCAAAGCAGCAUAAAGGACAAAAGUUAUACGCACAUUUUUGAAAGGUACAGGAUUUGCUUUCGCCCCUUCGAUAUGCUCUCCACUGCGUUGUGCGUCGCCAACACCGGUGGUCCUCUAAUCUGCGACAACAACUUCUGGGGAGUCCUCAACUGGGCUCCCAACUGCUCCAAAACGGCUAUCCCUAUAGUUUUCACCAAACUGGAAACAUUUCUGGAUCUUUACGCACCUCUAUCAUCAGCGACUUGCGAUAAAAUCGCAAGGUUUAUUUUAUUUCUGUUUCCACUUUUCCAAACUUUGGUCUUUUUGCAUUAUUAAACAAUAUUUGUAAAUGAUAUGAAAUAAUUUAA